AAGUUGCAAAGUCCUGGAGCCUCCAGAGGGCUGUCGGCGCAGUAGCAGCGAGCAGCAGCGUCCGCGCGCUCCGGCGAGGGGCAGACGAGCUCGAGGGAGCGCGGGACAGCGGGAGCUAAAGCCGAGCGCGGACCGACCCGGGACCCACCGCCGUCCCCAGGCCGCCCAGCAGAGCCCCAGCCAUGGCACACCAACUCUUAUGCUGCGAGGUGGAGACCAUCCGCCGGGCGUACCCCGAUGCCAACCUCCUCAACGACCGGGUGCUGCGGGCCAUGCUCAAGGCGGAGGAGACCUGCGCGCCCUCGGUGUCCUACUUCAAGUGUGUGCAGAAGGAGAUCCUGCCGUCCAUGCGGAAGAUCGUGGCCACCUGGAUGCUGGAGGUCUGUGAGGAGCAGAAGUGCGAGGAAGAGGUCUUCCCGCUGGCCAUGAACUACCUGGACCGCUUCCUGUCGCUGGAGCCCGUGAAAAAGAGCCGCCUGCAGCUGCUGGGGGCCACCUGCAUGUUCGUGGCCUCCAAGAUGAAGGAGACCAUUCCCCUGACGGCCGAGAAGCUGUGCAUCUACACUGACAACUCCAUCCGGCCCGACGAGCUGCUGCAAAUGGAGCUGGUCCUGGUGAACAAGCUCAAGUGGAACCUGGCCGCGAUGACCCCGCACGAUUUCAUCGAGCACUUCCUCUCCAAAAUGCCCGUGGCCGAGGAGAACAAACAGAUCAUCCGGAAGCACGCGCAGACCUUCGUCGCCCUCUGUGCCACAGACGUGAAGUUCAUUUCCAACCCGCCUUCCAUGGUGGCAGCGGGGAGCGUGCUGGCCGCGGUGCAAGGCCUGCCCCUGGGGAGCUCCAACAGCUUCCUGUCCUAUCCGCGCCUCACCCGGUUCCUCUCCAAAGUGAUCAAGUGUGACGCGGACUGUCUCCGGGCGUGCCAGGAGCAGAUCGAGGCCCUGCUGGAGUCCAGCCUGCGCCAGGCCCAGCAGCAGAGCCUAGACCCCAAGGCGGCGGAGGAGGAGGAGGAGGAGGAGGAGGCCGACCUGGCCUGCACACCCACCGACGUUCGAGACGUGAACAUUUGAGGGCGCGCGUGCGUGGCGCGGGAGGGGCCGGCCCCGGGUGCUCCCUGGACAGGACCGCUCCUCGCCAGGACCGGUCACGACCAGAAGGGAAAGCUUCCUUCUCCUUUACUGUCGGUUUUUUUCCUUUGCUCUUUCUCCCUUCCGUCUCUG